UCCGGUGUCGACGGAUAACGCACGCGUGGUUAAUGUAAAAAUAGCAUAAGAAGUGUGUACGGUUUUACCUCCAAAGUUCUACUUCAAGGCAAUAUCACCCAGCACUUGCAGAUGAUAUAAACCAAUUUAUUGCUGACGUUACAAUGCAACAUUGACUGCAGGAGCCCUACAAGAAGAUCAACAAAAUGGCGUUGUUUGGUGCCCAGUUAAUCCUGACCAUCAUUGCAGCCAGCAUCCUGCAGAAAUUCACCCCCUAUCACUCACUGGCGGAAUGGCUUCUUGCAAGGGGGAACCUUGUACGCUACAUGUACCCCAAAGACGAAGAGUUACGUAAACUUGCUGGAAUAACCGUCAGUAAAGCACGACAUCGCAAAAACAGAUCCGACCAUCGACGACCCAACUUGCUGGAGAAUACUGAGGACAAGUCCUUCACCGUCCCGAAGAGCAUUGAAUUAGAGCUACGUACCCGCAUCAUCGAGCCAUUUCACGUUGUCGUGCUGCGAUUCUACGAUGAGUAUAGAUGGCUCGUAGAUUUCUCCGUUAUGGCCGUGAUCGUUUAUUGUAUCACAGAAGCAGGGCUUCACACAGUAGGAGAGCUAAACCUGAGUCUGAUUUGGCUGUUGAUGGUGACGGGCUUCGCACUUCACGUUCUCAUCUCGCUGACAGCGUUGUACUUCUCUAGCGAGGAGGACGGGGAGAGGUCACUCUGCAUAACGUUUGGAUUCUUCUUUGUUCUCGUUGCAAUGGGAGUCCUCAUCGUCCCUGAAGAGAUUCUAGACUUUGGACUGGAUGAAGCUUAUACAAACUUCACCUCCGGGGCAAUGGAAUUCUUGAAACAACAAGAUCUUCAAUUUAGCGGUCCCAUCUCAAAAAUUGCCUUCAAGUCGUUACUGGGAAUCGUAGCUGCACUGCUUGGUGCCUUACUGGCGUUUCCCGGCUUACGGAUCGCUAAGAUGCAUGUGGACUCUAUCAAGUUUGCUGUUAAUCGACCAUUUAUGCAGAUUUUACUUCACACAAGUUUUCUAUUUCCGAUGUUCAUUUCACUGAUGUGGGUACGACCAAUCGCAAGAGACUAUUUAUGUAGAGUAGCCCCCGGCAAGACUGAACCCAUUAUGAGUGAUACGACCUUUGACCUAGUGCGAAUGUCACUGGUGCCCAUGCUGUGUAUACUACGCGUGCUGUUAAUGACACACUACCUGCAGUCCUACCUGAACAUUGCAAAAGAGAAAGUGGAGAAAUUAAAGAUGGAGGCGGGAAGGAUCAACAGUUUAGAACUCCAAAAAAGUGUUGUACGAGUCUUCUAUUACUUAUGUGUGGUGACUUUGCAAUACAUCGCACCCAUGCUUAUUCUUCUUAGUUUUACCUGUCUACUAAAAUCACUCGGAGGUUACUCCACGGGCCUUUUUGAGGUGUCUUCAGGAAACACCACCACUAUCCCCCACAAGCCUUCACCGACCGCCCCAUCGAAUCAAGCUGUCACCGAGGGUGCAGAACAUUUCAAGGUGGCCCUAGAGAGCCUAAGGAAUGUCUUUUCUCCCAUUUUCUUCCGGGGGAUCUUUUCAUUUCUGACGUGGUGGACGAGUUCGGCGUGGUUCAUCACAAGCCUGUUCGGGAUUGCGUAUCACAUGUACUUCACGGACCCAUGACAGACGGUCGACGAGAGAGUGGAAAGUCUGCGACUGGAGGGUAAGUCAGACUUGGAAAUUUACCUCCGAAACUUACGUGUUUCUCGUGUCUUGAGCAUUCCUCAUAGCUGCAAUACCCAAAGUGGUUCUGACUUUGCCAUCUGAACCAUUUGUGAUACGAUUGUAUCGUGAUGACGUCCUUAAAGUGAUACAAGGGAAAAUGGUGCCAAAGGAGUCAACCAAGGAACAGAGAAGAAAUUUAACGUCCCAAGCAAGUAGAUCUCAUGCUUGAUAAUUAGCAAUAAUUUGUAUUUUUCCAACACUAAUAGAACAAAAAUAGAUGUAAUGCUUCAAAGGGCUUCAGAAUGGCUACAUUCUGAAAUCAUGUAUAGAUGGAUGUUAUCAGAUUGCCAAUUUUUUUUUGGAUUCAUUAGAGCUGCUUUUACAAAUUUGUUUUUUUAUUGCUUGAUAGUGGCCUGUGAAUUUACUACAAACCGGCAAUAAUUCUAGUGAUACACACAUUAAAUAUAAAGUUCCUUGUAAAAGGUUAUUCAAUUUUGAUAGUCCCUUAGGAGCUGAUAGUGGCAUGAUACAUCAAUGGUGCUCGGUUAAUCCCCAGUUUUUCAUAAACACACCGUCCAAACAACCGUUUUAAAAAUUGUCAACAAAUUAAGUUUAAAGACACUGCGGCCGAUUUCACGAAACGCUAGGAUUAAUCCUAACUCG